GGCGGGAGGCGUUGACUCACAGGCACUGAGCGUGCGCACCGUCACCCACUGGGCCUGGCCCUUGGUCGCUUGGGUUUUCCCUUCCAUAUCUGGUGUUUAAUGCCAUCUCUAGCCUGCCUUGUGCCACACACCUCUGCGUUACAGCGCCGUGUGUCUGUGGCAUUCCAGGCUAAAGAAGGAGGCAGAAGUGACUGCCAGCGGGACUGCUAUGCGGAGGAUGGGUACUGAAGUGGGAAAGAAACAGUGACCCGUAGGCAAAUGGACAGAGAAUUCAGGGACUGACAAGAACCAAACUUGAGACUCCAUCAGAAAUUGGCUCCAGACUGAUCUGUCACAUCCGGGACCCUGACACAGAAGCAUGGGACUCCAGAAUUUGAGAUCUCUGCAGCUGCUCUGCCUCUUAGAGGCCAUCUCUUUAUUGCCUUGGACUGGAGCUCUUUUGUGCUAUGAGGCAACAGCUUCAGCCUUCAGAGCUGUGACCCUGCAUAAAUGGAAGUGGCUUCUCUUGAGGAGCAUGGUGUGUAACCUGAAAGAGGGUUGCGAGGAGACGAUAGUGUACAUUGAGACAGGGAACAGCAGGGGAAUUGUGAGCUUCAAAGGCUGCACCUCAGCCUUGUCUUAUCCCCCACAAAUCUCCUACCUCGUGUCUCCACCUGGAGUGUCGAUUGCCUCCUACAGCAGGGUCUGCAGGACCUAUCUCUGCAACAAUAUAACCAACUUGGAGCCCUUUGUGAGGCUGAAGGCCAGUGAGCCUAAGUACACAGCGCCUUCUGCCAAACACUGUCCAACCUGUGUGGGCAGGCAUGACCAGGAGUGUCUUCCAAACUUUGUCACCACAGAGACCUGCCCCUUCUCUGCCUCUUCGUGUUACAGUUCCACCUUAAAGUUUCAGGCAGGAAAUCUCAAUACUACCUUCCUCAUAAUGGGCUGUACUCGUGAAUCAAACAAGCUUUUAGAAAAUUUUCAGCAUAUUGGAAGCAUUAGAGUGUCUGAGGUCGUCAACAUCCUAGAAAAGUCCGAGACUGUUGGUGCAGGGCACUGUAGUCAAGGUCCUCUGUGGAGCAUCCUCUUAUGCCUUCUGCUCAUCUCCAGAGACUGA